AUGGUGGAUCAGUCGGGCCAUAUAGGCUUAGGCAAUACAACGCCACCACGCCAUGCAGCGAAAAACGGGACUGCGAACGCGGCACAAUCUCCCCAUGCCCGGAAAGGAAUGCAUGUAGACGCCGAGGAGCAUGACGGAAGCGCUACUUCAGGCCCUGCCCCAUCGAAGCGUGAACGCACCGAGUGGGAAAAGAACCGCGGUGCAGGGAGCAGCGUGAUUCUGUGGCACGAGCACCUGCGCGAAAAAGACCCCGAAGCUUGGCGUGAGUUCAACUGGACGGCGUUGGACGUCGUGCCCUCCAUAGCCAAGGUCCUUCAGAUGUGCAGCAACCCUGUCGAGGUGGUUGGAAUGGACCGGCUUUUGGACUGGGGCAUCACUGACUACACAAUCCUGCCGCGAGUCUUGGGCCGCGGCCGAUUCUCCACUGUAUACCUCGCUGUGAAGAACAAUACUUACUAUGCCAUUAAACACACGGCGCUAUUUCCACACCACGAGCUGGUCGCCACACGGUUACUCCGCGAGCCACGGCUCCUCGCCGAGCUGCCGCCGCAUCCAAACCUGGUCACAGUGACUGAAACGAUCCGCACGCCGGGCCACUUUUAUCUCGUGGAAGAAUAUUUAGAAGGAUACAUUACCCUGGAACAGCUUAUCCCACGACGCUGCACGACCAAAUCACCCACCGUCCCAGUGCUGCCACUGGCCGAUGCGGAGAAGAUUUUUAAACAGCUGGUCCUUGUUCUUUACGCAAUCCACUGGCCGUUGCGCGUAUGCCACAGAGAUGUGAAGCCGGAAAACGUCAUGGUGCAUCCCGAAACGCUGCAUCUCAAGCUUCUAGACUUUGGCCUUGCAACGCAUUUCAGCAAGAGUCGUGCAAAGCUGACAACCUGCUGCGGCUCGCCUGCAUUCCACUGCCCAGAAAUUGUCGCCGCGCUCGCCUCGCCGCCAGGAUAUGUUGCAUAUUGGGGCCCCGAAGUCGAUGCGUGGACCUGCGGUAUGACGAUGCUGCGCUGCUUAUCUGGAAUUCGAUACCCACUUGGCACAUCCCACACAACAAGCGCCGCGAUGGCAUCGCGUGCCAAACAAGUCCUGCGCACGUUUCCCCAGAGUGCACUGCGCGACAACAUUGCUCUUUUGCUGGACACGAAUGGCGAGCGGCGCAUGCGCAAUUUCAAGGACCUCGCCGAGCACUUUUUGCAGAGCGAGCCGAGCAAUCCAAUUGCACGCAACGAACUCAAAAGCACCACAUUUAUUCCUACUGUGCCCCAGCAUUCUAUCUCGCUUCCACUACUCCGUACGCAGGCGCCUUCCACGCGCGUUGUCCCGAGUGCGCUUCCGCUUCCCGGCAUGGGACAAGAGCCUUUGUACACAGAGCUCACGCUGCUCAAUGUGACCAAACAGCCGCCAGGGCGCAUCAUGUCGUUUAUCAAGUACGCGCUUCGGUGUGCAGGCAUCCUGUUCCAAGUCUUACCUGGGUCGGACACGUCCGAUAUGGCGCAUGCUACAGCACUGCAUUGCGUCGUGGAAUUGACAGACGGCGAGCGCGACGGGCCAUGGACCAAUCUACUCCACUCUGUCAUGUCGAUACUGGGACAGCCAAACAAAGACGAGCCAUACAUGGUUGUUCCGACACGGAGCAAAUCAGUAAAGUCGACGGCAGUGCUACCGGAAAAUGCAGACUCGACUGUGAAGCCAUGUAGUGGCCCUUCAGGAAAGCAGGGCUCACUCACCAUGCUUGCUUUCAACUUGUUGAUUGUAUUCCCCUCUGCAGCGCACGACGAAACGGCGACGCCGCAUGAUGGCAUGGGAACCUUUGUGGCACGGAUGGGCGGGACUGCCGACCGUGCGCCUAUUUCACAGCCCGCAGCGGCAGCCGCGUCGCCUGAGGGUGCAAACACGCCGUUGCCGUGGUCCGGUGCUGCGGAUGUGGUGCAUGCAUACGUGUCAAACCAGCGCGCUGUUCCAUACGUACGUGGCGCGCUCAGCUGCGGUGGUAUCCGCGAGCAAGAAACACCACCCCUACCCAAAGGCGUUUCGCCCACGGCCUCUGCAAAUAAAAUGCUGUCGAGCGAAAAUGCCUACGCGGAUCCCCUGGGGCCCGACGCGCUCCUUGCCUCUUUGCACAACAUUCAAUCGUCCCUGACGGCUGUGCUUGCCCUUGAGGAAGGUCAAGAGGACACUGCCAGUUUGGACCGGCUCAAUCGCCGCAUGCUGUACCUUUGCACACGCAUCACGGGCGACUUAGCCGAUACCUCGCGCAAAGAAGCAGUCAUCAGCACGCUGCAAGCGUACAACUUUGAGGCACUCGAGACACUUGCACCUGCACUGGCGUUGGUAGAGGAAAAGGCAAAGCGAGAGAAUGCGUUGGAGACCAAGGAGCGUGCAGAAAGUACUGGCAGUUUGGCCUUGACUAUUUUGGAGCUUUUUGCGCAGCACAGCAGUGCCAAGGAGAUGCUCCUGGGCGUGCAAGAGCAAAUUGAGUUCUACGGCGGCGCAUUGUACGAUGAAGCAAGUGGGCCCCCUAUGCGCAAGAACGCACAACUCCUCCAGACUAUCCUGGGGCUAUUGCAGCUCUUACUCAUUGUGAUUCCCAUGGUCAAGGCAAAGAAACCAAGUGUCUUUCUGGAGCCUGUCCUGGAGCUCUUGUCCCCAAAGCUCUACGUCCACAUUCUUCCUACGGCGCUGCACGCUGUAGACACUGUGGAUACCCGCGAAGAACUGGCGACACAGUCUGUUGUCGUCCUCUGCGAGCUCUUACUGAGCAUCCGUGCGUGGUGUAAGCGCCAAGGGAGCGAGGGAAUGCUUCUAGAUUUAGGCACGAUGCUGAUCCAAGGCCUCCACGCAAUGCAUUCCUAUCUGCCGUACAUUGCUAAUGGCACUUCGAAACGCGACCGCAACGAGGCUGCUGUACGACCUCUCGUAUGCGUUCAAACCACGCCGUUGAAGGCAGAACACGUCACCGGGCGCGUCACCGUGUGGAACAUUGUGCGAAAAACAUGCGACAUGCUGCACCUAAACUUGGUCGAGCGUGCAUUUCCGCCUAAAGGCGCACGUCACAGUGUACAGGAAGCACGUCGUGCCUUCUUGGUGCUUGCGCAGCAGCUAGCGUACGAACUGUUCGUCUCGCGCGUACAAGGCCGCUCUCGCAAUCGGCUGCGGUACGCCAUGUGGAAUGCCGAAGUGCUUGGCGAUCCAAUGCUCUGGACACCAAGCAUUGCGCGCGAACUAUUAGAUCGCUGCGCCGAGGUAUUCCCCACCAUGUACCUUGCAGAGCUAGGCACACUCCACACGCUACCAUCCCCUGCUUUGUUAGAGGCUGCUACCGAAGUUCAGCAGACAGACAUGAUGAUUGCUUUUGUGCAAUGGUCGCUGGAUGCCUUGCACCGCAGCGACGCUACACAUGUGCUGCCCGACACGACAACAGAACACCUCACACGCACACUCGCAUUUUUGGCCGUGGUGACGCCGCUGCCUCUUUUGCGCCAUCAAGCGUUUUUGUGCACGUCCAAGCUUUUGCAGGACUACAGCUCGGCAGACGCGACCGUUGCAAUGCUGCAGGAAAUGCUUGCGCCACUGUCGCCGCAGCCACUGCGCACUGCCACAGUGAAUCUUGUGCGCACAAUUUGCUUUGCGCACAUCACUGCGCUGGAGCGCGCAAAAGCAAUUGACGCUGCACACGAUCCACUUUUUGCUCAUGGCCGGUUGUGGUCGGCUUUGCAAGGCAUGCUGUUUGUGCUGCCGCACUUGGCGCCGCGCUACGAAGAUCACGAUGCGCUACGUGAAUUGGAGUCGUUUUUGGUGGAUCACCGCGCUUACCUGCAAGAAUGCUGCGUAUUAUACUAUUUGAUAUCUUGCCGCGACGUGCACAACUACACUGGUCUGGAUGUGCACCAAGUUUCGCGCGAAUUCAUCGGCCCCCUUGCGGCGUUUGUCCAUGGCUGGGAACAGUUCUGCGCAACACACCACGACGUGGGCGUGGCAGUACGAAAUGAAAUUAUGGUACUUGACGACAGCGUCACGCAAGCGGAAACCAGCAUGGACCGCGAUCACGUAAAAUAUACUCUCCUCUAG